ACUCCCUGAACUCUGGGCUGCUGGCCAGUGGCCUCUGGGCUAGCUCAGAGACUCCUAUGCAGCUGGGCAGUUCCACAGAAAAGCACAAAGCCCGGGCAAAUCUGCUCACCCCAUUGGGCCUCAGUUUCCCCAUCUGGAAAUCAAGGGUUGGGCAACAUGAAGUCUAAACUGUCUUUGGCCAUGGAAUUUCUAAUUCCGAAGUUAGCAAUUUGUUUGCAACUCAGCCCUCUCCAGGGGGGCCUUGCUGGAAGGCACCUGGGUUUUUGUCAGACCCUGCACACACCGCCUCGUGUGAUCCUCCCCAUGAGAUGGUCUCAUUUGGACCAUUUUAUGCAUGAGGAAAUUUGAGGCUCAGAGAAAAUUUGCAAUUUGCGUAAGUUCCCCAAGUGUGCUUCUACAUUGCUUCCUGAGAGCUCUUAAUAUUUUAUUUUAAAAAUUAAAAAAUCCCUGGUGGUCUAGUGGUUGGGGGGAAAAAAAGAAACAAACAUUUUUUUUUGUUUGUUUUUUCUUUUUGCUUUAUCUGCAAUCUGCUCCCAGAUAGAGAUAGUUCUGCAUGUCAGGCAUGGGUGAGAAAGUCCCUGAAGCUGCAGUAUCUGAAGCCUUCCGAGUAGCAUCUUCACGUAAGAAAAUCACCAGCUUCUACAAAGCAGAGGCAACAGGUCCCCAAACCUGGUGGAGCCUGGUGUGAAAUGAAAAUGUGGGCCCCUUUUUCAAAAUUACAGAACUCAAGAAGGGACAGCAGAGUGUGUGCCAGUGUCGGGUGGCAGGGCCGGGGCCGCAGCUGAGGGGAGUCACGUGGGUGCCGAGGAGGUGGAGGGGCACAUUGACCUUCUGCGCCCUGAAUCAAGUCCGCCUCCUCCUCAUCCCCACGCAGGCUGCUUGGGCCUUCAGCGUCUCUUGUGGAGUGGCUGCAGCUCUUUUUAUUGAAACAUUAGAGAAGAGUGGAUUCAAACCCACGAUCAAAACAGGCACCACAAAAGACAAGCCCUGCUCAGCCCAUGUUGUACAGAAUGAAAAGAUCAGCCCUCUUCCGGGGCACAGGGUCCGGACAGCUCAGGGCCACCCUGCCAGGCCACAUGGCUCUGGAUGGGGGCUCUUUUCUGGCUGUGUUCACCCUGCUGUUGGAAACCAAGUGGGCUGCCCUGCAACCCAGACAAGCCGAGUGGCCUUUGUGCUUUUAAUUCUGAUGAAUGCGCUUGCUUUAGAAAAUGUUUAAUUGUGUUGGAAGCAACUUAAACUGUUGGACGUGUAUGGCUCUCUCAGAAGUUUUGGUGAAAGUGGCUUUGGCCCUGACCUUGUGGUCACGUGUGUGGGUUUGUGAGUGGAACCUUCAGCUUUAAGUUGGAAACCAUGGCUGUGGAGAGCUGGACUUUAGGCUGGGGAGGUCACGUCCCUACCCGAUGUGGUGGGUGCCCCCGACUCCCUACCAUUCUCUUCCCUGCGCCCUGCCAGGUCUGUAGCCCGCACUAGUGGGGACCGUGGGGUGGGCUCCAGGGCCUUUCUGGAUGCUGCCUUUCCCAGGUGCUGUUGGGAGGGUCCUUCCCAGCCGUCCACGUCCUGGGUCCUCUGGAUAUGCUGUCAUUUCCCGCAUGGGUAGGGUCCCUUCCCAACCUUCACAGGCUGGGAAGUAGGGCAGAUCUGAGUGUGCUGUGGGUCAGCUAUGCUGCGUGAUGGGUCACCUGUCCUUCCAAGCCUUGGCCUCCUGGUCCGUGAGGUUGGGGAGGCAAUGCCAGCUUUGGGUUCUGUGGGGAUGCAAUGGUGGCACCAGGAGUGGGCACACGGUGACCGGGGACCCAGCCCCUGUUCCCGGCUCUGGGACAGUGACUUACAAAGCUCUAACCCUGUGCAGGCAGUGAGCCCAACCAGGGAGCAGAUCAGGUGUCCGUCCAGCACGUGCCCCACGGGUCUGCAAGUGAGAGGUGAGCACCAGGGGCGAGGAACGGUUUAGAAGGAUUCAGGAUGCCCAGUGUGUCAGAAAUUGGGUUACUCAAUGGAGAAAAUGGUGUGUGCCAGCAGACUUCAUCCCUGCCAGCCACAGCAUGUGCUGUAGCACCCCAGGGCCGCUGGAGGUCAGAGAGGAGAGGCAGCGUGCAGGGCAGUACCGCUGAAGGUCAGAGAGGAGAGGCAGCGUGCAGUGCAGUGCAGCUGGAGGUCAGAGAGGAGAGGCAGCGUGCAGGGCAGUGCAGCUGGAGGUCAGAGAGGAGAGGCAGCGUGCAGGGCAGUACCGCUGAAGGUCAGAGAGGAGAGGCAGCGUGCAGUGCAGGGCAGCUGGAGGUCAGAGAGGAGAGGCAGCGUGCAGUGCAGUGCAGCUGGAGGUCAGAGAGGAGAGGCAGCGUGCAGUGCAGUGCAGCUGGAGGUCAGAGAGGAGAGGCAGCGUGCAGUGCAGUGCAGCUGGAGGUCAGAGAGGAGAGGCAGCGUGCAGGGCAGUGCAGCUGGAGGUCAGAGAGGAGAGGCAGCGUGCGGUGCAGUGCAGCUGGAGGUCAGAGAGGAAAGGCAGCGUGCAGGGCAGCUGGAGGUCAGAGAGGAGAGGCAGCGUGCAGGGCAGCUGGAGGUCAGAGAGGAGAGACAGCAUGCAGUGCAGUGCAUCUGGAGGUCAGAGAGGAGAGGCAGCGUGCAGGGCAGUGCAGCUGGAGGUCAGAGAGGAGAGGCAGCGUGCAGGGCAGUGCAGCUGGAGGUCAGAGAGGAGAGACAGCAUGCCGGGCAGCUGGAGGUCAGAGAGGAGAGACAACGUGCAGUACCGCUGGAGAUCAGAGAGGAGAGGCAGCGUGCAGUGCAGUGCAGCUGGAGGUCAGAGAGGAGAGGCAGCGUGCAGUGCAGUUGGAGGUCAGAGAGCAGAGGCAGCGUGCAGUGCAGUGCCUACUUUUAAGGAAACAGACACAUAUGUAGUCACCAUUCAUUCAUUAGACAAACGUCUGUUGAGAAUCUACCAGGCAGGCUCAGGGCUGGGAUGAAGAAGCCAUGGUCUGUCUCCUCACAGUCCCACCAUUCAGCCCAGGACAUGAGGUGGCAUCUGGUCUGCGAAACACGGCACGCGCCCUCCCCCUGCACCACUUGCAUUUUGGAUCCUGAAACCUUUGCCGACUCCACAUUUGGCUGAAGAAUCUUCCUGGGCACACGCGCCUGGCUGCCACUGACUGCUGGUGGUGCUUGAAUGACAUUUAUUUGUCAUUCCAGGCCUAAUACUAAUAUAUCAUCUUUACAUUUAGAGAGAAUGACAACUCCUUUUAAUGGGAAAAAAGCAGUCUUUUUUUUUUAGUGGUUAAAAAAAUGACUGUAGGUGGGAAAACAUUUAUCUGUAUUAACAAAUGUGUUGCCCGGAAAUAUGAAAGGUCAUAGUUCUUCUUAUAGGUUUUAUCAAAUUAAUUUUUUUUUUCUUUUUUUUUUUUCUUUUUGCGAUGGAGUUUCUCUCUUGUUGCUCA